AAAUCACACGCGAACGCACGCACAUGCGCCCACGCACAACACUACACGCACCAUGACACCCCCGCCGAGCGCGCACGAGUCGGAGCGCACCCUUGCGAGCGGGAGCGGGCUGGAGAAGUCGGCGACCAAGUCGACCGACAUGACCUCGAGCGGCGAUGAGAAACGCCUGUCGCUGUCGCGUGCGUCGACGAUACCGGACGCCGAGGGGGCAAGCCGCGCCGACGUCGAGGCGCAGACGAGUAACUCCGACAGCGGCGACGACGACGCGAUCUACGACCGCUUCUCGCCGCGCACCAAGGCGUGGAUCGUCGCCAUUGUGUCGUAUGCAGGCUUUAUUGGGCCCAUCGCGUCCUCGUCCUUCCUCCCCUCGAUCAGUAUCAUGGCAGAGGACCUGCACACCACCCCCGCAGUGAUCAACUACACGGUCGCGAUCUUCAUCGUCUCGGUGGCCGUCGCGCCCAUUUUCUGGUCCCCCCUCGCUGGGUUCUACGGCCGGAAACCAGUCUACCUGGCAAGCAUGCCCAUCAUGGUCGUCGCGUCCGUCGGCGUCGCGCAGUCCAAGUCGCUCGGCGCCAUCAUCGGCACGCGAAUCCUGCAAGGUAUCGGCUCGUCGUGCGUGCUCUCCGUCGGCGCGGGCACCAUCGGCGACCUGUACCGCCCCACCGAGCGCGCCAACGCCAUGGCAUGGUUCUACACCGGCACGCUGCUCGGCCCGGCGCUGUCCCCCAUCCUCGCGGGCAUCUUCACGCAGUACACGGCCAUCACGUGGCGCGCGACGCAGUACUUCCUGUGCGCGGCGAGCGCGCUCUCGCUCGCGCUCCUGACGCUCUUCUUCCCCGAGACGAGCCACCCGCCACUGCCGCACGAGACGGCCAAGCUGGCCACCGGGAAGAAGUUUGUCGUGUACUGGUUCAACCCGGCGAGAAGCCUGCUCCUGCUGCGGUAUCCAAACAUCUCGAUGAUUACGCUCGCGUCGUCUUGUGUCAUGCUGCAGAUGUACUGCGUCGUGGUGCCCCUCGCGACCAUCAUGAAGGACGAGUACGGCGUCGAGAACGCCGCGAUCGCGGGCCUCAUCUACCUCGCCUCUGGCGGCGGGACCCUGCUCGGCAGCAGAAUAUCCGGCCCGUACGCCGACUACACGGUCCGCAAGUGGAUGGAGAAGCGCGGGUAUCGGCGCCCAGAGGACAGGUUACGUGCCAGUCUUGUCGGCGCGGGCAUCGUGCAGCCGUUGAGUGGGCUGGCCUACGGAUGGAUCCUCUGGAGCCGCCGCGGUGGCCUCGCGCCCAUCUGCAUCAUGCUCUUCAUCAACGGCCUGGGCAUGCUCAUGCCGCUGACGGCGUACAACACGUACCUAGUCGACUCGGCGCAAAAGCGCAGCGCGGAGGCGAUUGCCGUGAACAACUUCUGGCGGUACAUCUUCGCAGCCGGCGCGUCGGCCGCUGUCCUCCCGCUCUCCAAGGCCGUAGGCUUCGGGUGGACGAUGACCAUUGCCGCUGGGCUAGGCUGGAUCGGGACGGCGGCGGCGAUCGUGACGCUCAUCUACGGCGAGAAGUGGCGCGAGGCGGCCGCGCGGCGGUUCGACAGCGCAGAGGACAAGAAGGAGCUCGAGACGGAGGGCGGCCGCGCGGCAGAGAGCGUGGCCGCGAUCGCUGCCGCCGGCGAGGAGAACAGCCUCGGCCGCGUCCUCUCGCACGCUGCGGGCCGCGACGCGCCACACCACCGCCGCGACUCGGACGACCACAGCGAGCACGAGCACGGCGAGCCAUCGCACCUGCCAGCGAUCAAGGACCAGCUCCGGCGUACCGCCAGCCGCAGCUCGCAGCUCGGACGGACGCGCAGCCGCCCGUCUACGUUGCCUACGGUCGGGGAGGUGCUCCAGCGCAGCACGAGUCUCGGCGGCGGGUCGAUCCACGGCGGUGGAUAGUUUUGGUAGACAUAAUAGACUGCAUGUACAUUAUGGGUUUUGGG